AUGGCGCUUCCUGCUAAAAUCCGCGCCGAAAGCAUUGCAGCUCUACACUUUCUUCAUCCUAUUCCUGUCCAGCCGUUAUCCAAUCCAGUGACGAGCAUUCAAUGUCGGAGAGAAGAUUAUACCUUAUCUUUCGAAAAGGAGCGCAGCCUUUGUAGUACACUCGCUUUUCUUGCGUAUGCAAAGGAUGAUAGUAACAAUAUCCCAGCAAUAUGCCUGGAAGAGGGUAUUGGCGCCGCAUAUUUGAACGUUCUGCUUGCCAUAAACAAAUUCGAGCACGAUGGAGGAAACCAGGUUCUUGAGAGAUUGAAGACGGAAUUUGAGAGGAUUUUCUCUCUCCUCGCUCAUGCGGACGAUACCACAUUGGGCGUGGAGAAUGAUAUAUUCAGAGCCAUCGUUUCUAUGUGUUCAGCUCGGAUCCUUUACCGGUUAAGCCUUGUUCGAAAUCACAAAAAAAGUCAAAAGCGGUCAAUUAAAGAAGGCCUCCAAAUUACAUUGGAAUAUCUCAAACAGAACGCAAUCCGCAAACACGAUCCUUCAUCUCCUCUGUACUCAUUCAUCGACAGAGCAAGAGAUGUAAUAAGGCUCAUCGAUUCUUGGGACAGGCAUCAGAUGCAGCCUGAGUUAGAGGAACUGGUUGAUAGUAUUCGCCACCUCCGGCAAGUUAGGGACUUCUAUGUUUUCAUCAACAGCAUACCCGACCGAGACAUGGAGUCGAACUCGAAGGCUCGUCUCAUAAACACGAUAAGUAAAGUCGCGCGAUACCGUGAGGCAGCGAGGUUGCUAUACCGUACAGCUAAAAAGAUCCCUCUUGUUCGGAAUAUGCGUCUCGUUAUUAUUCAGUUACCCCAAAAGGUGUUCGAUAAAGAUUUAGGCAGUGGCUAUACGUCGAAUCUUAGAGAUGCUAUCCCACUAAUCGGCAAGCUUAAGAAGAAAAAUUAUCUGGAGCAAGUCUGUCAUUUGUUAAAUACCACCAAGGAACAAGCAAAUAAACGAUUUAUUGAACAAACACGGAGGACUUUGCAGGAAGCGAGGAUCCAUGCCGAAAUCCAGCUUCUUUAUUACUGCGAGUUCUAUAUGUCGCCUAAUGCACACAUGCCUCGAGUCGUGUGCUCAAGCAAGGAUGCCUGUUGGCUAUGCAACGAGUUUAUUCUCAUGUAUGAGAAGAUCCACACACCUAGAUGUCAUGGAAAGCUGUAUCCCGGGUGGCGACUACCGACAUCGUGCGGGCCCAAGUAUCAUGAUUUGGCAAGGAGAUUUAAUAUGCAGCUUCAGGGCCAUGUUAAGAACGGCCUGGAGAGAUUAUUUGCGAAACGGGAGAGGACUGUGUAUCUUGAUCCGAACGAGAGCACCUUACUCACAUUACCUUGGUCGUCCUCGACAUUGCCCACUCUGACAUCUUCUCCUUUAGACGCAUCAGAAACUUCAAAUACCGUGAACAAGGAUCCGCAAAAGAUUUCACUUCCUUCCGAAGAAGCAUCAACUCAUAUGUCUGUACUGGCCGAUAAUCAGGAAAGCAAGAAAACGCCAGUAGAGGCGGAAGAAAUAGCACACGAGGAUUCUUCCCAUUUCAGCAGAGAAAACAGUAGCGUUCUGGAAAGCCCAGGAAAAAUAAGCACAUCAGUGGCUUCAAGCCUUUUAGAGAGCAAUUUGACACUCGAGCUAGGUAAGGUCAGGUCAAAACAAGUUGAGAUCGGAAAGACUUCUUCACUAUACAAAGCAGGUCCCUUAGAAGUACAGAUCGAAUAUGCCGAGAAUUCAAACCCAGAGUCGCGAGGUGGACACCAGAAGAAACUCUCAUAUGCUGUAGAAUGGUUGGCACCUGAGGAGGUCGAGAGGCUGCGAAAUGGACGAGAGGGUCUUAUUAUUGACGCAGGGUCACUUGAAGGUGAGAUAGAACAUAGUACGGAUAGAGAUGGGUGUGUGUACAUUUCUAACGGCGGUGCCGUGGUGAAAAUAUUCAUGCAACCAGUAGCUAUGGAGUAA